UGGCUCAAAGCGCCGUCUUGGCGCCAUUGGAGCCCGGCGCUUUCGUCGGGCUCCCGCUGGGGUUUUCGCGCGCUCGCUUUGGCGGUCGACCGCGCGAUGGAACCGGCCGAAAGGGGCUUCUGGUCCGUUCUGGACGACCUGGGUCCGGAGGACGAGGUGCCUACAGAUACCGAGCUCGUAGAGGAGGACGGCCUCGGGGAGGAUGAGGAGGAGCGGCAGCUGCUAGAGCGCAGGCGCGAACUCAAGGCGCUGCUCAUUGCCUCGCGCCAGCGGGCGGACGCGCUGGCCAGCGCCAUUGACGUGCAGGUGGAGGAGGUCAUGGGCAAGGAGAAGCAGCGCAUGCACGUCAUCGAGGAGCUCUCGCAGCACUGCUCCGAGCUUCUGCGCACGCAGGAGCAGCGGCAGCAAGAUCUCAUGCAGGAGCUGGAGAAGCUUAACACGGCCACCCAGCAGUGCAGCGAGUGCGAGAACCGGUCCCAGUUCCUCGUGGAGCGCAUCAUCACCUUGCUGGCAUGCUCCCCCCUGGACGCGGAGCACGUGAACGUGCUCAAGGCCAAGCACCAGGCGGAGCGUGAAAUGCUGCGGCAGUUCGAAGAGAUCCGGCAGCAGUACGACGAGGUGAGGCAGCAGAACGUGGAGCUGACCAGCAGAUUGCUGGAAGAGUCCUCCUUCUCCCGGCGCCUCUCGGACCAGCUGGCGGAGGCGGAGGAGCGCUUCAACCGCUUCGGCGCCGCCGAGGAUCUGCAGCCGCCGCAAGGUCCUGUGCCAGAAGAUGGCGAGGCUCGGGGCUUUCUGGGCUUGAACGCGGUGCCUCUACGGGAAGUGGACGAAGGCCCGCCGCCUGGCCUGCACGAGGAGGAGUCAGGCCGAAAGGCGCGGCGCCCGCCCAACGCGCUGGGCGCGGUGCUGGAGGCGGAGGACGGCUCGCCGGAGCGGUGAGACCAAUGCAACGGGGGGGACAAAGCGCGCGUUGCAGGGAUCCCUUCGUCGGAUCCGCUCGCAAGCCGCGCGUAGCGUCUAUUUGCAACCAAGAACCCUCAACACCAAAUGCCCUAAAAGAAGGAGGUUGCAAUUAAACUUUGCCGUCCCC